UUUUUUUCUCACAUAAGUACCGAUACCAUGCGCGCUGCGUUGGCUUUCCAGUCAUGCCCUCGGCAGAUUCACAAAACAACAAUUUGCAAGCCAGGAUCUCUAGCGGUAUCAGCUUACCUACGUAACAAUGUAAAAGUAAGAGCAAAGUUGACACACGAUGAAACACACCGGGACCAGCAACGCGAUGUUGACAUCGUGCCGAGCGAGCGCAGUAGCGGAGUAGCACUUGAAAAAGUCCUCCGCACAGCGCAGGACGCCUGGGCCCAGCUGGAUCCCCCUCAGCGUGUCUACACCGUCAUUGCCGCUGUCGCCACGGCAGCACUGCUGCCGCAGCUGCUGGCGUUGGCGCUGAUUCCAUUGGAACGGUUGGUGGUUGGCGGUCUGUUGGCGGUUGAGGAAGUGUUCGCAUUGGCCCUGCUGCAGAGCGCCAAGCUGGCGCUUCUGGUGGGCCUUAUGACGCUGCUGGCGUGGGGCGUGUACGUGUUCCUCUUCCGGCCGGGGGAGCAGCGGUGACACAGCGGCGGCAGCGGCAACCAGCGGCGGCAACCAGGGGUGGUGCCAGCGGCUGGGGUACCGGUAGGUAGAUAAAGGGGCGCCGAGGUGUUAGGUAGCGGUGGUGCCAUGGCGGCAGGCACCCGUGGCGCAUGCGUUGGUGUGAUGAGGGUUGGUAGAGAUGCUGUGGCAAAUGAAUGAUGUGGGGCAGUGCCGGGGUGGCUGAUGGGGCGUGGGGUACUACUGCUUAAGACGUUAACAUUAAUACGUUGAACGUGUGUUCCCGGUCUGGUUCAGGAUUCGGGUUAAUUAAAAGGACGUGUUGGGACAACACCAGCAGUGGCAGGUCUAGAGGAAGCGGGGAGGGGAGUGCUGCUUAACCGGCAUUGUAGGGUUUGCAGUAGUAACCUAGUGAAGAGGUAGGGAACGUACUGGAGCGAGGGAGGGUCGCAGUGUUAUUAUGGGCGAUUGCGCGUGUGUGGUGAUGAGGUGCAGAGAGUGUGCAUGCAUGGUACAUAUUGCCACAUCCUAAUGUAUUGUUACACGGUAAGCCAAAGAUGCUUAAAGCGUCGGGAUGUACUGUGAUUGCCGGAAGGUGUAUGUUAAUAAAACUGGGCGCGAGUAGGAUUGUAGUGGAUUGUAGCAUGCGCGAGAGAGUAUAGAUGGAGUUGGGGCUAGGCGCCUGUAUCUCUGUGUGUGUGGGUGCCUCGCAGUACAAGAAGUGUGGCUGCGGUUCCUGCCGGGCAUGGAGGAUGUGACAUCUUGUAGACUAGAUGUUAAUCAAUAUUGAGACCCAUGGGUCGGUUCCUUGGGCUUGCCAGCCAACGAUUAUGCGACUAGCGCACAAAGACGUACUUCAAAUUGCUUUGCCGAGGCCCUUGGACGCAUUGCAACCCCCCAGAAAUUUCGGUGCCGCAUCGCAGCGCUUGUUUGUUGCCAGCUGUUUCUUCUCCAUUUAGCACCAUGACAUGGCGUGCUUACGCAGUACUUGCGUGCAUGAACGCCACGUUAUGCAUGCUAUGUAGCUGUAAACACGGUCGGGC